UCUGUCGGCUAUGCAACGCUACGGAUCGAUGAGAUGCGGCCACGAAUGUUGGAACUCGGGGAAACCGCGGAAGAAACCGCCGGGCUAUUACAGAUUCAUGACGACCUUAUCGCCAGGCUUAAGAGUAAAGAGGAUCAGGUGCAUGAACUCUUGGCACGUGCCGAUCAUUUGGUUACGGAACAGAAUGAACCUGAUGUUCAUGUGUAUGAGGCAAUGGCUGAGAGCCUAGCGAUGGCUUGGAAGGAACUGAAUCAACAGCUUCAGAUGAGAGGAUUUUUACUCAGCGAAACGCUUCGAUUUUACAAUUUGGUUAAAAAACACGAAAAUAUUAAACUUGCAGAUUUAACAGAUAUAACAUUAAAAGCAGUCGGUAGUGCAGUAGAUGUUAUUACCCAGAUUAGAGUUCUUGGGGCUAUGGCUGAUAAUUUAGAAAGAGGUCAGGAAACUCUAAAUGCCUGUUUACGAAUCGAGAAAAAAAUGCUUUCAGUGACAUCAGAGUUCGAUCACUUAGAAGAGUCAUGGAAAACGGUUAGUCCAACGCUAACUGCUAGCAUUGACAAAACCAACGUUAUUUUUGGACAACUUGAAGACAUUGAACAGUGGUUACAAACAGCUAAGAAUGCUUUCGGGCGUGGAGAAGACGUUAAUCCGUUGUUGCAGCAAGCUUAUGUACAAUUUUAUUUCGUUUUAAACAAGUUGAUGUUUUAUUUAAAAGAGUGGUUCUCUAGUGUCGAAAAGCAGCAACGUUCUAUACUAGAAGACGUGGCACAAGAAUGGUCAAAAGAAAAUUGUCCAACCAGUCUUAAAGAUCGUAUAUCAAAUCUAAAAAUUGAUUUGGCAAAUUUUAUACGUUUACUUGAAACGCGAAGAAAGGAGUUACGAGACGUUAGCGACUUUAUCGCCACUGCAAAUUCGAUGUUACACCAAUUAACGUCUAUGGAAAACGAUAUGCGAAAUGCAAAUGCAGCAAUGGCAGGAGAGUUGGCUCCGCUGGCACGGCAGAAGGCACAAAACGUUAUCGAGGAAGGACGACGUCUGGUGCAUAUCGAUCACCGAGUGCAACAACUUGUUACAGAAAUUGAAGAAAAGUUAAAAAGAAUUGAAAAAUUAGCAAAAGACACUAUUGAUUCUACUCAACAGCAGUACAGAAAAGAGCUAAACCGAUUUGAAAAAUGGCUUGUGGAUGUAGCAGAGAAAUUUAUUGCUACAAAAACGAGAAUGGGUACCAGUUUAGGUGAAGCAUCCGAAUUUUGCUCUGUACAUAAGGACUUUAUUACCGAAGUUAUUAAUAAAGAUACUGAGUUCAACGCAUUGUUGAACCGAUCACAUGAGAGCAGUGAGAGUGAUAGGAAAAAGCUAAAUGAAUUGGCUUCUCGAUAUGAAUACUUGAAACAACUUCUGGAAGGACGUGCACAACUUGGAAGUGCAUUUUAUCAGGUGCACAAAUUUGCCAAGGAACUCGAGGCUUCAUUUGAAAGUCUUGACGCUUUAUUGUCGUCAAAUCGCAAUUUCUCGAGCGAAAAGCUCAGUACACAAAUGGGCGAAGUUUUUCGAAUGAUACAAGAAACAUUGAGUCAAGAAAGGCGUCAAGCUGAUAAAUUUAUCACUGCGGCAAAUUCUGUUGGUAUAUCUGAUCGGCAUUUGGAUGUUGUGCAGGCCAGCGAUUCAGUCCGUGGUCUGUUGGCUGAACACGAAAGACGGUUUGGCAACAUUACUGAAAGCUGGGAACAGUGGCAACGUAAUCGUGCGCAACAAAAGAGUGUUAUUCGGGUUGUUGAGGAGGUAAUGGAUGGUGAUACCAGAUUAAAAUCUGCGAUUUCUUCGAUGCAAACAAUGCAACUUUUAAAGAUCCAAAUGUGGCAAGAGGAGACAUUGGAAAAAAUUCGAAUAUUGGAAGAAAGAUUUUCGGGACCUGUAAUGAUUCAUGAAAAGGAAGAACUGAAACGGAAAUUGGACGAGGUCAUCAAAAGUAUACCGAUUCAAAGAGAAAAGAUUUUGAAAGCAGAGAGUGUUAUCAGAUCUUCAGAAAGUAAUGACCAUAAAUGA